AGAACACUGGCAGUGUUAGAUAAUCGAAGUCGAAGUGUUGAGAAAAUCAGCUGUAACAUGUUAAGAUCAGCUGUGAGCAAAUCUUUUCGUUCCUGCACUCACUUUCUGAAGCUUAGGAUCUGUUCUAUAUGCUCCACUGCUGGCAAGGAUGCAGCAGAUUUCUACGAUAUUACAAUCGUUGGGGGUGGAAUGGUUGGUGCAAGUCUGGCCUGUGCCUUAGGUGAGUGAGUUUGCUGCGAGACCACGUACACAUGUUUGCCCGCCAUUUCUUGGCCAAAUAAUAUUAUUUUAGACUUAUCUCCUGGGGUUAACCAGGGCAAUUAACCCAUGAUUUGGCCUGGUACAUGGUACAUGUGAACUGACUUUUUUAACUGACUCAUCCAAACCAGUGCCUUGAAUCUUUCAUUGUUCUUCACCAGAAUCUCAGAAAUAUCUUGAAAAAUAUAAUCCUCAGCAUACACCUUGGAAAUCUUUAGUUUUUCAGGUGCGUCUUAGUUGUCUCCCAUAGCAGGAUCUGAAAGCGGUAUUUUCGCGAUCUGGGAUUUGACCAAAAUACAGUGUUGGAGUUGGAAAAAUGCAAGAUAUCUGUUCAACCAAGGCAGCAGGAUUCGCCAAAGUUUGGGCACAGGGUGCAGGAUUUUUUUCUUCUGUAUAUUGGGAAUUCAGGAAAUCAUACAUUUGAACAGCAAAUACUAAUCAACCAGGUGCACAUCAAGCGGUGUCUCCUUACAAACCAAACUAUAGAGUGUGCCUUGUUACUUAGUUUCGUUUUAUAGUAUUGUUUUUGGAAACCCCAAAAGGAAUUCAGAAAAACCAUAAAAAAAAUAGUGGGAUGCAGGAUAUUGAUGAAAAAAGAGCAGAAAUGUGGAUUGGGAUCCCCCCCUAACCCCUCUUCCAGACACUCUAUUUGGACAAACCAAGCUUCUUACCCACGGAAAUAGCCUGUUUCAGGCUCUCAGAUAGUGGGGAUUAGUAAAAGUUAAAAACUGCGUCACUUAGUGGAGGUGGGUGCCCGGGAUGUCCAUUUUUCCUUAAGCUUUAAUAGCCAGACUACAUGUAACUGUUAGCAUGGAUACUCUUAUUAGAUGCUUGAUGCUUGAUUACCCAACUCAUUUUCCAGGGAAUGAGGGUACCUCUUCUGGUGAACCAUGCAGGGUAAUUUUGUUCCUUGUUUUGUUGCUGGACCAACACUCAGGGUCUUUAAAUAACUGAGAAGAAAGUGCUGCCUUUGUAAUGACAUCUACAAACGGUCAGACUUUCUAGUCUUCUUGGAUAACUAUCAAAAACCCUAGGUCCUGUCUCACAGCACUUUCAGAUCUGGUUCUUAUGGGAUGCAAAAGAACUCACAUGAUCGUUUGAAAAGAGUAGGGGACAUAGACCCCAUUGGUGUGGUCAACCUUUCCUGGGCUGGGUUGGUUAUCCGUAAGGAGAGUUUUUGACAUAGGGAUAACCUCAUGAUCCUCGUUCUCUUGUGAUACUGCCUUUUAAAAUUUAACAGCUAUCAAUCCUUGUUCUGGUUUUAUCCAUGUAGUUUAUUUAUUAAGUUAUUUUGUAAUCUGCUUUUGCAUCUUUUCCACAAGGUCUUGAAAGAACAUUAGAUGACCAUAAGAUUUUGCUACUUGAUGCUGCUCCAGACAAAGCAGAAAACAUAACUUCCAUUUACAGUAACCGUGUUAGCAGCAUCACACCAGGAUCUAAAAAACUUCUGGAAAGUAAGUUGAAGUAAUAUAUCAAACAUGAGAUGCAGUGUUUCAUCACCAGAUGAAACACCGCGAAGAGAGUUGAAAAUACGACAUGCAGCGGAGUAUUUUUGACGAACUUCGAGGUGUUUCAUCUGGUGAUGAAACACUGUGUCGAAUGUUUGAUAUUUCUUCUCAAACAAAAUCAUUUUUGAAGGAGAAAUUAAGGAUGCAAAUACUAAGCAGUGUUUCAUCCGAUUUCCAAACACUCAUUAAACAUUAAUUUCCUUUGUAUUUUCUUAAUGAAUUAUUAAUGAGUUUGAGAAGGCACUAUUACAAUGAUUUGUAUUUUGUAAUAUUAAUAAAUUAAGGUGCUAGUCAUUAACAUUUUGUAAUCUGUGUAGCCUGGAACCUUCUGAUAAAAUGCAAAAAAAAAAAAAAACAAAUUAAGUCAAAUACUGGUAUGCAGAAUUUUCCAUUGGUCAAAUUAUUUUGAUGGGUACAUUUAUAAACUCCCAUGCCCAGAACUAAAAUACAAAUGAGUAUAUUGCUGAAAGUGGAAGGAGCCUAAUUGUUCCCUUUUUAGCUAGUAUACGUAGUAUGCCUGUGCAUCUAAGCCAACCUCUGAUCUGUUCAGCUAGUGACUCUGUUAUUAACAGUCUUCUUGCUUUGAAAGGUAUUGGUGCCUGGGAUCACAUUUGUAACAUAAGACACAAGCCAUUUCGCAGAAUGCAAGUAGGUAUCUGAUGAUUAUUAGAAACAGCUUUCCAUUUAAAAGUGCACCUCUCCAUCUAAAUUUGUACUUGUUAGAUACUGUAGGUUUAAUUUGUUGGAAUUUUCCUUUUUAAUUCUGAUAACCAGCUAGAAAAAGCUCUUACACAUGUAGGUGGAACAUUGGAUUCUUAAUUUCAUAUUUGCAAAAAACAUCUCUACUGUGGCAAUCUAAAACAUCUCAUUCUGGAUUUUUACAGUAAAAUAUUAUUAUAUCACUUUUUAUAGUAGCUAAAGAAAAACUUCACAAAACAAUUUGGAGAUGUCUUUGCAAUAUCCCUAGAAACACAAUACAUGAUGUAUAUAUAGUAAUCUUCAGAAGUUCUACCAAAGAUGAUUUAUUACAAUGGUAACACCACAACAAUAAUACCUGCUUGAGAUCCAAGGCUUUAGGUAAAUCUUCACAGUAACAAAAAAUUCAUGACCGUGAUACUGUUUAAUUUUGUGUUGUCAUUAGGUCUGGGAUGCAUGUAGUGAUGCACACAUUUCAUUUGAUUACUCAAGUACCAUUGAUGAUGACUCAACAGAUAUGGGAUUUAUUGUAGAAAAUCCAGUAACCAUUGCAGCUCUUAAAAAGCAACUGAAAGUUCUUGAUUCGAGAGUAAAAGUUCUUUAUGGAACAAAGCUUUCAAGGCUGACUCUUCCAGAUUUAACGAUGGAUAUGGUAUAAAAUUAAUAUACACUUGCUAUCUUUUUCCUUCACUGAUAAAUGCGUGUAGCUUCUUACCUUAAUUGUCUUGUCUAUCCACUUGAUAUAAUAGUACCUUAGCAGAAGAAAUCUUUUGAAUGCAAGGGAUAAUCUAUAUAGCUAUAGCCCAAAUCUUGAAAGUGAAGUUUUACCAGUACUACUAUACAUGCAGUUUUGAAUUUAAUAAUGAUGAUAGUAAUAAUAAUAAUAAUAAUAAUAAUAAUAAUAAUAAUGAUAAUGAUAAUAAACUUUAUUUAUAUAGCGUCUAUAUCAUUAUUAAUAACUGUUUUAGACGCUUUACAAUGUAUUAAAACUCUAAAAUAUCUAACAACUAUAUAUAUAAGUAUGAAAAUUAAAUAAAAAUCUAUUUAUGAAUUUAAAAAAAGCUUGGUGAAAUAAAUAUGUCUUUAAGUGUUUUUUGAAAGAAUUCAAGAAAUUGGCAUUUCUUAAAGAUGCAGGUAUGCUGUUCCAUAAUUUAGGUCCUGCGAUAGAAAAUCUUUGAUCACCAUAAGACUUAAGCUUAGAUCUCGGGACUUGAAGUAACUUAUUCGAGCAAGAACACAAAUGGUAAGAGCUGCUACAAAAACUGAGCAAAUUGAAUAUAUAACUUGGAAUUUAAACAUAUCCUGUGUUCUCUAUUAAGUAACCUCUUCAACCUUGAAUACAGGUCUGUACUGUGGGAUUAGCUCACUUGGUAGAUUAUGCUUGACUGCAGAGCAGCCAGGAGGUCGUGGUUUUGAUUCCUAGGACUGACUAAUACUCAGCGUAUUGAAAUAACUGAGAAAUGGAAGGUACUUCCUUUGCCCUGCAAAUGGCUGGACCUUCACAUGGCUGCGAUGACUACGUAAAAAUUGCAGUCCUCUCUCCAGAAGGAGACAUAAAAUAGUGUCCACAAUAAUACCUAUCUAUGUGCUAAAUACAUUGACACUCAAAUAAAGUACUUUUUUCCUGCCACAGAUGUAGGGGGAGGAUGGGGGAGACUCCUUGGGAACCAUCUGUACUCUUUGUACCUUUUGUAUGCCAUAUUAUAAUAAUAUAAACUUUACAUCUGUUUGUAGAUACAUGAAGAUUCCUCUGCUCAAAAUCCUAUAUUAAUUUGCACUGGUUUUAUAAAUCUCCUUAAAGAAAAAAAGUUAUUAAUGUAUUAAGUUAACCAGUUUAAUCCAAGAUACUAGGGUUCAUUUAUGGCUUAAACUUUGCUUUUAAUCCUGGACUUGUACAAGUGAGUGAGGGUUAUUUUUCUUGAUAUAAAAGUCAGGUAAAGUGAUAAUGUUUUUUAUUUUUAUUUUUGUCAUUAUAAUUAUUUUAAAGGAUUCUGAAGAUGUUGGUCAUUCUUGGGCAAAAUUAGAGUUGGAAGAUGGGAAAACAGUGCAUUCAAGAUUAGUGGUAUAUUAUUUUUGAAUGAUGAAUAAAAUUAUUAUAAUUUGAAGCCUAUAAGUAUUUUAAUUAAUAAUAUUGUCACAACUGGAUCAAAGCUAUUUACAAAAGAUACAUAAUGAUUAUUUAUUUAUGACCGCAUAGGAGGGAUAGUGUUUGAAGCAGCUCUUUCAAGACUCUUUUUUUAGUGUCCUAUAUAAUUUUCGUAGUCAAUUCACAAAACAAAACCAACUUUUAUAUCUCUCAAUUUACUUGGUAAAAAUGACUGCAUUAAUUUUUUAUUGGAAAGGUAGGAGCUGACGGACCACAGUCUUCAGUGCGAAAGCAAGCCAAUGUGGAGUGUCUUUCUUGGAGGUAUGAUCAGUCUGGAGUAGUGGCAACUCUUCAUCUUGGUGAGGUAACCUUUGAAAAAAUGAGUUAAUUCUAGCCUGUUAUGUAGUAGAUGCUGCAAAGAAAAAGCUAGAAAAUUCAACUAGGCAGGUGGAUUGGGAUUCCUGGACGGGUACUCCUGAUUUCAAGUGACAGGGAUAAUUGAAGGGUUUGAAAUUUUCAAUUCCGGGAUUUUUUUUUUGGGGGGGGGGUAGGAAAAUUUGGCAAGUACCUUUUUGGGUGGGUUGAUUUAAGUAAGGACUUUUUUGGGUAUUCAAAACAAUCUGAAGUUUCAUGGUAGCACCUUCAUGUCUUUGCCGUGUAGUUCUGUGAAUUGGGUACCACCAAACUUGUUAAGGCUUGGAAAUUCGGCAUGGGAUUUUUGGGGGGUUAAUUUUUGUUCAAGGGAUUUUUGGGAGUUAUGCUGGAAGCCCUAGGGAAUUUUUGGGUUUUGACAUUUGCCUCCAUUCGCUCAUCACCAUCACUGGAAAUCCAGAGUACUCCCUUGGGGAUGGGGACAAAAGGAGAAGAAAGGGAAAUUAAGGGCAAUUAUUCCAUCUCCUGAUUCUUGUUUCCAUAUCACCUGCACCAGGAGAAGUAUUUUUUCCUGAACACCAGGCAAGUUGUUCAAAAGGCAGACACGGCUCUAUACCAGAUGAAUCAUCACUAUUCAGUGGCUAAAACUGUGUUUUAGGAUAACCAACUACAUUAUCCAUUGCAUAGAUGUUUUUUCACUAUUGAUUCCUUUGAUUUUAUAAGCAAUUCUCCCUUUCACAUGCAAUGCAAUUUCGAUUCUAGCAGUUCAUGGGAAGUCCAGUGGUGGAUCUAGGGGAGGGCCUCCCCCCCUAUUUUUAGACCAAACUGAGGCCUCUUGAGCCGAAACAAAAUUAUUUUUGGGACACCUCCACCUUAUCUCAGGGUCAGGAUGACUGCGCCCCCACCCCCCCUCCCUUACCUAAAGGUCUGGAUCCACCACUGAAGUCUCCAGAGGUUUUUUUGCAGGCCCCCCCUUCAUUAUUAUAACUCAUUAAUUUUCAGAUAACAGAGAAUGUGGUCGCAUGGCAGAAGUUUUUGCCCACAGGACCCAUAGCACUCUUACCGGUAAGAACAACAAUACUGUUGAUGUUCUCAUAAUUAAGUGACCACCUCUGGAAUCCAUUAAAGUGGAUGUAACUAGAGCUGAUUAUUUACGAGAAUCAGCUCACACUAUUGACCAUGUGAAAAAGUUAUUAAGCGUCGUUGGUUAUGCUUGGUAUACGUUGCUUAUGGCCAUGUUUUUAAUGCUGGUCAUUGUAGGGAGAAAGUGAACUUGUAUUUAAUAAAUUUGAAUGUCCUUGCCAGUUGCUAAGUGCAAUGAUUAGUUACUCAUGUGUUUUCUGUUGAAGUUUUUGUUGCUGUUGUUUUUUUUUUCUAAGGAGCAUAAACAGAACUGAAUUGUGUUAGGCUUUAAAUUUAAUUAACUUAAAAAAUCGCCACCUCUUAAAAAAAUGUGGCAUAUUUUGGUUUUUGUCCUCUAUGCAGUGAAAUUCUAAAUGAACAUUCAUUUUUACAUUUCUCUGGCUUAGUUAACAGAAAAUCUGAGUUCUUUGGUGUGGUCAACAAGUCCUGAACAUGCUAAACAGCUUGUUUCUAUGGAGGAAGACCGAUUUGUUGAUGCUGUCAACAAUGCAUUUGUAAGUUUGUACUUAUACGUUUUUUGGUUCACAAGCUAAGGCAUUUUGUGAGAGGCUCCUAAUUUCUUGGUUCCUGAAAACCACUUACAUGUAUGUGAAUGAAAGUUUCCUGAUAAAACACUACUUCAAUCAUUUUUAUUGAAAAGUGGGAAGAUUUUGAGCGUCAUCCUCUCGUGGAUCAAGCAACAAGACUUUCACAUCUGUUAGCUUCUGUUGUUCAGCCAUGGACAAGUAAGUGCCCAAUAGUAUGUUUUUCUAUAGUGCUAUCUUAAUUUUGUUCCACUUUAUAGUCAACUACCAUUAUUUUAGCCAGACACCAUAGGUGUCGAGAGUAGAGUCUGUAGGAGAUAGCCUGCAAGCAAGCUCUCUGGGGUGCCCUAGCCUGCGUAGCAGGGUCGAAAGGGGUAGGGGAUAGGGAAUAAGGGAGGGGGGUAGUGCUUUUCUCCCUCCACCUCUCCCUCCCAUUUUUGCAACUGCCACGCAGGCUAGGGGCGCCCUGGCGGUGGGGCAGGAAAAGGAAGGAGAGCUUGCAACCUCGUCUCUGGAAUCAGAAUAUCUGCAUCAAGAGAGUCGAUGCUAAAUGCUGAUUGGCAGAGAUGACAAAAGUAAUGAUGUCAUUACCCUUGGCACUUGCUUUCACGUGUUUUUCAAUAUUUUUUCACAUUUGCAUUCAUUUCCACUUUGCACUGAUUGGCGGAAAUCUGACAGCUCGGUCAAUGGGGAGCCACAGGGGAACAGAGACGUAGUUGCAAGCUCUCCUUCCUUUUCCCGCCUAGCCACUUAGGAGCUCAGAAAGUGUCCACAGGCCUUUUAGAGUUGGAGUCUUUAACAAUGGGAGUAUGUUUCAGUCAAUCGUCCAAAAGGACGUCACAAAGCAAGAGUUUACCAAACUGGGGCAAAUGAGCCAAUACUCAUGCAGGCAAUAAUAGAGACCUUACGAUACACCGUUUCUGUGUACGGGUACGGGUAAAUUAGCCAUACACAUAACCGUAAAUACGAUUAGAUUGCCUCUUACCCAAAAGAAACGGGUAGGCUACUGGAUAUAAUGGUUAAGCCAUCAUCACAUCUGGUUAAUCAUGGUUGCCUUUUAUAAAACUACGAGGUAAACAUGUUCACUUACCCGUACCUGUAAACAGUGUCCCCUUAAGGUCACUAUUAUUAUGACAAAUUUUUCUGUCUUUCAGAAAUUUGUUUUAAAAAAGGUUUCCCUGUUUUUCAGAUGAUUCCAAACUGAUUUUUUGUCAAGGUUUUUUUCAAACCCAAGAAAAAACCUCUAAGUGAUAAUAUUUUUUUGAGUGAACAUUGAAGCAAGUUGUGCAAAAAGCUAGCAUUUUUUACCUGAAGUAGAAAUUGGCACUUAACGCUUUAAUCCUCUUUAUGAGUGAUUCACCAUGACUUUAUACCACUGUCUACUACUGCUGUAAUAUCAUAAUCCUGGACUAAUCUAUGGCGAGAUUAUUUGUUUCUGUAUUAGUAGCUUUUAAAUCUUUGGGUAAAAGUGUAUGGUGUUGCCAUUCAAAUGAAACCUCUUUGGUAAACUGCUAUUUUUUUUUUCUUACGAUUUUACAAAAAGAAAUUUUGAGACAUCAUACCACUUGUAACAUAUUAGUAACGAAGGGUUUAUUCUUACUAAUUCGUUUUUCCUUCACUCAGCAUCUGUCACCCAGUCUCCACCGAGCGUUAGUGGAGUGGAAGAAAGAAGUCGCGCUAUGUUUCCGUACGGCUUUGGUCAUGCAACAGAAUAUGUCAGGCCAAGGCUGGCUUUGAUUGGGUAAGACAGCGCUGUACUUGUAAUCCAUUACUUUCAGUGCGCAAAGUCAUGCUGAGCUAAUUUACAAAAGCGCGACACUGACUUUUGUCAUAAGUAAAUGGAGUAAUAUGAUCGUCGGGUGAGUGAAGUCCUGAAUAGGAAUGUUGUUUACACGACUCCAGGGCUCAAACCAUUCACUGUGGUACCGACUUUGUGUCUCAACAAUUGUCAUUAAUUGUGUUAAAAUAUCGAAAAGAACUCAUCAGUCAUUGCAAGGUCUAUAAACUCUGGUUUGUUUCACUUUUUAAAAGGGCACAAUUCCCAGCUAGGCAAGGACUUCCUUGAAGUUAAUAUCUUGCUUUUCAAGUAUCACUCCUUGCCACUGAUUAGUCUCUGGUUUAUAAACCCCAACAUGCUCUAAUACCUUUGUAUACUCUGUCGCAAACUAUUGUACUUCCUCAAGGCAAAGCUGUCACAGUGGUUAACUACACCACAGGCGGUCUCUUUUUUCUUAGCCUGCUGAGCAAAAGAUGCACAGCGGCUCCAGUCAGGCGAGUGGCCAUUUUCUACCUUCAGUGAGAGUAGAAAAUAGCCUCGCGAGCAACUGGAGGCGAUAGACGGGGGGUUGUUGACAGUUGUCCCUUAACCCUUCAAGCAUAGUAAAUCACUUUGGUAUGCUACGAAGUAGCACACAAUUCAUUUCCACUGGCUUUGGGAGCCAUCUUUUAUUUUCCUUCUUGGGUUGACACCUCGUGCAUCUGGUGGCUGCCACCAUGCCAGCGCACCUGGCACCCCAUCCACUUUGAAGAAGAAUAAGAGACUAACUGGAGUUCCCAGUGAUGAACACAAGUGCAGGCUGGAGUACUCUAGUGGCGGGGAAGGAGAGGGGGAUUGAUAGACUGCGAGCGGUCUCCCUUCUUUUUUCAGAGCCAGGCUCGGCGAGUGAAAAUUGAAAAUUAUGAAAGAGGAGGAGAGAUUGGUGCGGAAAAAAGAAAAAAUGCUCGCAGUCUAAGCAGACUAAAUGUUUAAGGGUUGGCCCUGUAAAUGAUUUUUUUGCUGGAACUAAAGCUUUAAAAAUAAUAUUUUAGCACAUAUUGAGUAAAAUUUUGUUGCUUUUGUUAAACUAAGUGACGCAGCCCACAGAGUGCACCCUUUAGCAGGACAGGGUGUUAAUCUCGGGUUUGGCGAUGUUGCUUGCUUGAGAGAUGUUUUGUGUGAAGCUGCUGAAGAAGGAAAAGACAUUGGUAACUUUUUUUAAAUAUUUGUCGUUGUUUGUUACUCGUAAGUGGAGACAUGAACGCACUAGAAAGUGCUACCAUGACUACAGGGGAACCUCAAUGUAACAAAGUGCCAAGGGACUGUCAAAAUGUGCUCGCUGUAAAGAGGAUUCGUCAUAUAUAAGUUCUUUUUCAUAUAUUACCGACUUUACUUGGGGAUUUCUUGGGGACCACACUCAAGUUUUAAAACAGAAAGAAAAAUUCGUUGUCGCUUGUUUACGUACUCCAUAAAAGGUGAAAUAAGAGAUUUUCACUCCGUAAUCGUGCAAUGACGGCAAAGAAAUGUACAAAAAAGUCUGCUGCACGUGCAAAGUUUCUGUUUUGCUUAUCAAGCCUAUUGCUUUUUUGAAGUUCUUUCUGCCGUCUCCGUCGUCGUUGCUGAAGCUCCCUACCAAUAAUAGCCACUGAUGGCUUCUUGUAACUCUUCAUUCUCAUAAUGUAACUCUUUAAUCUUAAAUGUUUUUUCAGGAUGUUUGGAACAUCUGUUAACCUAUGAAACCAGGCGACAGCAGAGUGUUGUCCCCAUGAUUACUGCUAUAGAUUUUCUCAAGAGACUGUACUCCACCUCAAGCCCUCUGCCGGUUCUUGCUCGAUCAAUGGGCCUCGUAGCGACGAAUGCUCUUGCUCCUCUUAAGGUAACACCUUCUUUAAUGAACUUUAAAAAGUACUUGUAA